AUGCCCGCGACUCUCUCGCAUUUAUCGACCAAAUUCUUGCGCGUUUGUUCUUCGAGUCCUUUUCCGCUCUCGCCAGCGCCGCUCCGCGCGUUGAAAGCUCCGCGCAGCCACCUUACACGUGUCACGUCCCUGCCGCGCGCGAAACAGCCCCCGGCGCAUUUCGCGCUUUCCGGCUCGCACGCCUGUCAAGUAUCUCGACUUGCUUAUUCCUCCCUCCCGCCGCUCAUCCCGCCGUUCAGCCCGCCGCUCCUUGCGCCGCAAUUUGCUCACGCGCAGUUGCCGCAGCCACCGUUCCGCGCUGUGCGCGGAAUGUCGUCCGGAGGAGGAGGUGCAGGCGCUGGAGUUGCGCGCGUGGGGGGAGAGGGCGCAGCUGCGGUGGCCGCGCCAAGCGCGGGCGCAGCAGUUGGUGCGCCCGCGCUUGUCCCCCCCGCGCUCGUGGUGCUAGAGGGGGUGGCGGAGCGGGAAGGGGAGAUUGUCGCGACUGUGCGGAUAGAUGCGCGGGUGACUCGGGAAGAGGAGGGGCGCAGGGAUGCAGAGGGGCGAGGGGAAGGGGGGGAGGAGGGGGGAGAAUGCGCGGAGAGGCAUGAGGGGGUGCAGUCUCACGUGGUGCAGGUGAAGGCUGGGGCAGGCGUUACCCGUAAGGAAUUAGAGUACGUGCCUCUUCCUUACCCUCUUCCACCCACCCACGCAACCCCACUCCUCAUCUCCCUCUCUCUUCUCUCCCUUUCCUUGCCCUCACUCUUUCCACUUUCUCCUCUCCCGCACCCUCCCCCUCUUCUGCACCACCUCCCUUUCUCCUCCUCUUCCCUCACUCUCAUAAGUGCUGCCUUACCUUACUUCCCCCUCCCCUUGCACUGCCUGCUGCAUUUCCUGCAUCUCUGCCUCUCUACCUCCCUGCACCCCCUUCACCUUCUCCCCAUCUUCCCCCCUCUCCCCCCAAUCAGGGCGGCGGUGCUCUCUCCCCCCUUCGUGGCAUGGCUACAGCAGAUGGCAGCAGGCAAUGGGCUGCUUGGCGCGCAGGGGGGGUGUGACGGCGCCAAGUGUGCUUUAAACGGGGUGACAGUGCAGAGUGUGGACAUGUUCGGGGCGGGCAAGGUGGGCUUCGUGAAGUUCAAGGCUGACGUCACGGACGUCACUACAGGCGCCAAGGUGUGUAACGUGUUGCUGCUACAGUUGGGGAGGAGAGUGCUACAGGGGGGGUGCAGAGAGUGGACAUGCGCCAAGUGUGCGCUAAACGGGGUGACAGUGCAGAGCGUGGACAUGUUUGGGGCGGGCAAGGUGGGCUUCGUCAAGUUCAAGGCUGACGUCACGGACGUUGCUACAGGCGCCAAGGUGCGUGCGUGGUAUGGGUGGGGAGGAGAGCGCUACAGCCGGGGAGCAGAGAGUGGACGGCGUUCUUUCCAUUCUCCCUCCCCUGCCUUUUCUCCUUCCACUGCUUCUCUGCCAGGCAUAGUGUUCGCACGUGGCCCAGCAGUGGGCAUCUUCAUGCUGCUGCGCGUGGCAGAGCCACAGCCACAGCCACAGACACAAGGGGACGGCCCACCCGAACCCCCCACUGACUAUGUUGUUCUCACAGAACAGGCGCGGGUACCUGUGGGAAGAGUGCUGCUGGAGAUGCCAGCUGGCAUGCUGGACGGCAAUCAUGGCGAGUAUGUCGGGACCGCAGCAAAGGAGGUGAAGGAGGAGACGGGCAUCACAGUGCGCCAUGACCAUCUCAUCAACCUCACCGCCUUCCUGGAACCUUCCACCGGACAACAGAUGCUGCCUUCCCCGGGUGGGUGCGACGAGGGCAUUCUGCUCUUCCUCUAUCGAGCCACCGUAUCACCUGCUCGGAUAGCCAAGCUACAGGGCCGGCAGACGGGGCUACGGCACGAGGGGGAGCUGAUCAAGGUGCACGUGCGGCCUCUGGACAGCAUCUGGCGCCAUUCCGCGGACUGCAAGGUGCUGGCGGCCGUGGCGCUGUAUCAGAACGCUCUCAGGGAGGGGCUGCUGAGGGAUGAGUUCCCUGCUGUGGAGGAGACCGAUGGGGGCAGCAGCGAUGGGGAGUGA